GUGUGGUGGGCGUGUCCCCCAAUGAGCCCCUCCCCCCAGGGGUGCUCCCGGAAGUGGAGGAUUAUUUCGGGAUCGGCGACAGCAGCUCCGGCCUCCUGCAGACAGUGUUCAUCAGCAGUUACAUGGUUCUGGCCCCCGUGUUUGGGUUUUUGGGGGACCGGCACAGCCGGAAGCGGCUCCUGGCGCUGGGAUUGACCCUCUGGUCCGGGGUCACUCUGGCCACCAGCUUCGUCCCACCACAGCACUUUGGUGCCCUCCUGGCGGGCCGGGCGCUGGUGGGGGUGGGGGAGGCGGCCUAUUCCACGCUGGCCCCCACCCUGGUGGCCGAUCUGUUCCGGGGCCCCGCCCGCAGCCGCGCCCUGGGAGCCUUUUACCUCAUGGUGCCCCUCGGCAGCGGCCUGGGUUACAUCGCGGGGUCAAAGGUCAAGGAUUUGGCGGCCGACUGGCGCUGGGCCCUGCGGGUGACCCCUGUCCUGGGUGUCCUGACCCUGUGUGAUCCCUGU